AUGCUAGACAACAAACAAAAACAUAGUCGAUACAAAACUUCCAUAAAAAAUUCCCAUGACACCAUGAAGGCCUGUGAAGUUCAGCACAUGAUCGACACAAUCAUCCGUCAGAAAAUACAAACAACGAAAACCAUUCGUACACUAAAACGCAACAUUAGAGCAGCCAAAGCUAUGCAAGAAACUCUAGCAAAAACAUUAACGGAAAGACCACACUUUCUCAACUAUGCAAUCUCAACACAAAUAUUGGACACCAAAGACGCUUUCAACACAAAAGCAAGUAGCAUAGUUGCAACAUUGGAGGAAGAGAUUAAUGAAAUCAUCACCAUGCUAAACAAAGUCCCAGACAAUCUUCCAGCUAACUAA